AUGGCAGACUACUCGGAAUACACCACACCUACCGAAGAAUGGAUUGCUUUGGAGAAGACACUUCCACCACCGCCCACGGAUUUGGAUGUCUAUGUUCUGAGAGACAUGAUCAACCAAACUCGGGAGGAGAAGGCCGCUAAUGCCAUGGUGAACGAGGUCUCGAUGCAAGAUUAUUCCGUCCCAGCAAGAGACGGCUUUCCGUUGGAAGUACGCAGCUACCGUCCUGCCGGUCUACCGUCUUCCCAGCGCCUCCCGGUCUACAUCCAUCUCCACGGGGGUGGAUUUCUCUUCGGCACUCUGGCCUCUGAAGACGCGAUUUGUUCCCGUAUCGUCGUUACUCUGGCCAAGGAAAAUACCCCUGUCGUGGUUGUGAAUGUCAACUACCGCCAUACCCCCGAGUACAAGUACCCGAUCGCCUGGCACGACGCUGCAGACGCCUUCCAUUGGGUCCAUGACCAUCUUGCGGAGCUGGGUGCGGAUGGCGAUAAUGUCGUAGUCGGAGGCAUAUCCGCCGGCGCAUGGAUAACUGCGUCCUUGAUUCUGACGCAGCACCUGGGCACCGACGAGCAAUUGGCCAAGCGACCGAAAAUCAAAGGACAGGUGCUCAUGAUCCCGGCAUUGGUGGGCCCCGGCUGCUAUGCACCGCAGCUAAAAUACCUCAAGGAUCCGAAGUUAUCCAGUUACGUGGAUAAUGAGCAUGCUCCGAUCCUCCCGGUGAGCCGGAUCAAUAUCUUCAUGGGACUGCUGGAGUGCAAGGGCGAGGAGACCGAUCUGAUGCUCAAUCCGGGAAAUGCCACUGCGGAACAGGUCAGGGGAUUGCCUCCUACGACGUUUGGGAUAGCCGGACGGGAUCCACUCCGGGAUGAAGGGUUGUUUUUCGGCAAGUUGUUGACAGAUAAUGGGGUCCCCACGGACGUUCAUGUCUUUCCUGGUUUGCCGCACGGCUUCAGAGGGCAUGCGACGCUGUCCGAAUGCAAGCGAUGGGAUUCGGUGAUGGCGCACGGGGUGCAAUGGGCGCUGAGCAACCCGGCGGCUACGGGAGUGUUUGAGAUCAAGUCAAAAUAG